UUCCAGUAGGACUCUAAAAACAGACGGACCGCCAUGAAAGCAUGGCGCUCGUUCAAUCAAAGCCAUAUAUUUAGUCAAUGAGAUUUAGCAAUUAUUAUGGCUGCGUUAUUAUUUUACUCAUUUCUUGUCUGACUUCUGCAUUCAAAGCGACGUAUAGUAUUUGACUCAUUAAAUACAGCCGAGUGUUUUAACUCACUGUAAUUCUGGUGUGUCUUUACAGCAGCCCAUGUUGAAGCACCUGGCCCAUCAUCUCCGAGCAUCUUUAUUCUCCGCACGGUGUUCUAGAGCAGCUGAUGCUGUAGCAAAGUCUGCCUUCGAGGGGUCAGUUAGUUUCUCCUCCUCGACUGCCAUGGCCAAGAGCAAGUUCGAGUAUGUUCGUAAUUUUGAGACUGACGACACGUGUCUCAGGAACUGCUACAUCGUGGUCCGUUUGGAUGGGCGUAACUUCCACAGGUUUGCAGAGCAGCACAACUUUGUGAAGCCCAACGAUGACCGAGCUCUGGGCCUCAUGACCCGCAGCGCCCGCUCAGUAAUGGAGGAGCUGGAGGACAUUGUCAUUGCAUAUGGGCAGAGCGAUGAGUAUAGCUUUGUCUUCAAGAGGUCCUCCAAUUGGUUCAAGAGAAGAGCCAGCAAACUGAUGACACACGUUGCCUCCCAGUUCUCAUCUGCAUACGUUUUCUACUGGAAGGAUUAUUUUGGGGAAGAGCAGCUGCUUCUGUACCCACCAGGUUUUGACGGCAGGGUGGUCCUUUACCCCAGCAAUCGCAAUCUAAGGGAUUAUCUGAGCUGGAGGCAGGCUGACUGCCAUAUUAAUAACUUGUACAAUACAGUAUUUUGGAAUUUGGUGCAGAAGGGGGGGCUGACCACUUCUGAAGCAGAAGAAAAAUUAAAGGGCACUCUGGCAGCAGAUAAAAAUGAAAUAUUGUUCUCGGAGUUCAACAUAAACUACAACAACGAGCCACUCAUUUACAAAAAAGGCACAGUCCUCAUUUGGGAUAAGGUCAAUGAAACCACAACGAAACAUGUAAAACUGCCAAAUGAAGACAGUGAGAAAGAGGUGACAGUGACAAGGACUAGGAAUAUAAUUACUGCACAUCACUGUGACUUCAUUGGGGAUGAGUUCUGGGAGGAGCAUCCAAACAUUCUAGAAGAUGACUGCUGCUAGCUGAACACACUGCAGUAAGCAUUUCAUGGCAACCUAAAUACAAGACUCAGAGGUGUAAUGGCAACUAUGAAGCACGACAACUCAGAGAGGGGAUUACUUUGGUGCCCUUUUUAGCACUGGUGUGUUGCACAUCGGCAGUUCUGUAUCAGCUUCAGAACACCAACCAGCUGGAGAAAUUUGUCUACAUGGACUUGUUGAGUGAGCAUGUAAAAUUUAGUGACAGUUUACUCUUAAGAGUGAUGUUGCUUUUGGAACUGCCUGAUUGAAAGUUGCACUGGAGAAUUCAUGUGCAAUGGGCAGAAGUAACCAGGCAUGGAAAGCAAAAAGUCAACUUUUGGUUUCCCUUUUUUAACUGAUAAUAAACAGUAGUGUAGACAUAAUUAUGAAUAGUAAAAACAAAAAACUUUCCCCUGCAGUUUCAGGUUAUAUGCAAAUAUGUCAUACAAUUCAGUUAUAUUGAAUAUAAUGGUAUAGAUUUUGUUUAUUAAUUGGCAUGACAAAAUUUUAGCCAUAGUAUGUAUAGUAAUCUAGAUGAAGACCCACAAAGGCUCAGAAAAUGCAGAUCAAAAAUAGUGUGACAAAAGUAAACCUUUCAAAACGGCAUCAAAAAUAAAUGUAAGGAGCAAGUUUCUUUUUUAAUAAAAGCUUGUGUUUUCUGCUGUACCUGAUUCUGUGGAAAGUUAAUCCAUGGUGAGUUUGCCUCUGGAGGGAAGAUCAUUUGUCCAUC